GGACUAAAAGAACCCAAAGGUCGCUUAGCACGUUGGAUCUUAACCCUUCAAGAAUAUGACUUUGCCAUCGUACACCGCCCGGGUCGUGAGAACAGUAAUGCAGAUGCACUUUCACGGUCUCCUCUUCCAACUACAGUCGUCAGUCAUCCUCAUUUACCGGAUGAGGAGAUCGUCAUCGGGGUUAGACCCACCCUUAUUGAAACCGAAUGGUCCCGGGAAGAGAUUUGUCAGGCGCAGCACGAUGAUCCAGUUGUCUCAACUGUACUUCAGGCAAAGUUGAACACGCCGGCCGAACAAGAAGCUCCUAGUGAUUGGACAGAUGAUAGUGAACUUCGUCGUUAUCGGCAAGUCUGGAAACAACUGGAAAUAAUUGACGGUGUUUUGCAUCGACGCGUAUCAACAAGUGGUCGGAAAGAUGGUCUCGUUCUUGUAGUUCCUCGGAAAAUGCGUGCGGAUCUGUUGCGGCUCUCUCACAAUGAUCCUAGUUCUGGGCACAUGGGUAUUAAUCGCUGCGUCGAACGUUUGCAGCCGUGGUAUUACUGGCCUGGAAUGACCAGCGAGGUGCAUCUGUGGGUUGCAGAGUGUGACGUGUGCAACCAAAGGAAAUCGUCGUCAGCAUCCCACCGUUCCCCCAUGGAGAACAUCCGAGUAUCUCAACCAAUGGAGUUGUGGGCAAUGGACAUCUUAGGACCCCUUCCAAUAACAGCACGAGGGCACCAGUAUGUUUUAGUGAUGAGUGACCACUUCACUAAAUGGGUCGAAGCGGUCCCAAUGGCUGAUCAGAAAGCAGAGACGGUAGCUCGUUGUCAUAGUGUCUCGACAUGGCGUUCCUGUGAAACUCCUCACUGA